AUGAAAUUUUCAAUAAUAAUACCCACAACAAUACUAUUUUGUUCUCAGUUAGUUAAAUGUAUUAAUUUUAAUGAUUAUAAUUAUAUAUUGGAUGAAAUAAAAGCAUUAGAUUUAGAGAUUACCUCAGAUUCACAAGAUCCACAACAAGAUUCAGAAAUAUAUAUUAAUAAAAGAGAUAAUGAAACAGCAGAUAAUGCAUUAAUUCAACAAUAUACUGCAAUAUUUAAAUCAAUAGGACAAUCUGGUUUAUUACCAAAUUUAUUAGAAAAUAUAGCAUCUGAUGAAAAUCAAGUAAAUAAUUUAGUUGGUUAUCUUAAUUAUUUAUUAAAUUCUUCAUCAAUGGAAAAUAGUACUUUAAAUUUAAAUGAAUUAAAUAUAAAUUUAAAUAUAACAGAGAUUAUGGAAGAUAUAAUGAAUUCUGGAAUAAUAAGUUCAACAUUAGAUGGAUUAUUAGUUAAAAAUGAUACAAAUAAUGCCAAACUUUCCGAUUUUGUUGGUUCAAUAUUAAGUUCUCCUGAAUAUGUUUGGAUUGGUUGGCUUAUAAAAGGAUUAGGUGAAGGUCAUGCGUUAACAGUACCAUGGAUUGCUGAUUUAAUUGCUAAUACAACAUCAAAAGCAAAUACUAAUGAUACUAAUAAAUCUGAAAUUAAUGUUCCUCCAUUACCUCCAUUAAUUAAUGUUACAGAUGCAGAACCAAAUUUUAAUGUUUCUUUUGGAGGACCAAGUAGAGACAUAUAUAUUGAUUUAAGAAAUAAAAGAGAUGAUUCCAACAACAACGGUACAGAUGAAUAUUCAGGAUCAUUAAAUCAAUUUUUAAAUAAUGCAAUAAAUACAGUUGUAAAUUCAAAUUUAGUAAAUUCAAAUAUAAAUGAUAUAAUAAUAGCAUUAAAUAAUUCAGGAAUAAUAACACCAUUAGUUAUAGAAAUUUUAGAAAAACAAAAUUUAUCAAAUUUAUUAGAUCCCAUUGUAAAAUCAUUAUAUGAUAAUGGAAUAUUAAAUAAAUAUCUUGAUUUAAAUUUUUGGUUUAUUUAUGCAAAAGAAAGACAUAUUAUUUCAGAUUUUUUACAAUAUAUUUUAACUGAUCCUUAUUAUUCACCUCCUUUAGCUAAAUUAUUAAGAAGAAUGGAAUCAAAUGGUGUUUUUCAAUAUUUACAAGAUAAUAUGUAUGGACCUCAUAAAAGAAAUUAG